GACUAAACUUUUACGCACGUUCGUCUUCGUAUUCAUUAUUCUUAGCUACGAUUACAAUGGGUUUUACGCAAUAAUUACUGUAAGAACCUAACACCGACUUAUAAACAUUUGAAAAUGGUUAAUGCAUUUCUCAUGAUUUUUAAGUCUUAAAAAUAUAUUUUAAAUGCCAGUGAUUUCACGUGCGAGGAACUCAUACCACCGUAUCUGAAGAUACUGUAUCUAUAUCUAUACUAUAUCUGUAUUGUCAUGGCACGGCAGUGAAACGAUGCUCCGAGUCCGAAGUACUUGAUUCAAAUUGUUACCAUGACAAUAACUUUAACAGUCGCAAGUGUCACAUGAUUCAAUAAAUGACAUUGCAAAAAUAGCAACCGAUACAAUUCAACAUAAACAAGAUUUUGUGUACAUUAAUUAUUAUAAAUAGACAAAAUGACCGAAAAGAAAUCUUUAAAUAGCCUCAUAAUCCAUCCGGCUAUUGAACCGGGUGUCAUUGACAAUGCAAUGCUUACACGGUGCAUAUUGGAGUAUGGACCACAGGAAGAAGCAGGGCGACUAUUCGCAGAAGAAGGCGUUCACUUAAACGAGGCUCCCAUAGUUCGAUUGGAAUUCCAAAACAUACUGCGAAUCGAUCACCUCUGGAUGCUCAAAUCCCUAAGAAAAUUGACUUUAGCCCAUAACUUGAUAGAGAACAUAGAGAAUUUAGACCAACUAGUCGGACUCAACGAAUUAGACUUGUCCUUUAACAAAAUCGAAAGAAUUGAAAAUCUAGAUGCACUUGUUAACCUCGAAGUGCUAACUCUUUUUCACAACAAAAUAAGGAAAUUGGAGAAUAUGGACACUCUUGAAAAUCUACUGGUGUUCAGUAUUGGUGACAAUUUAAUUGAAGAUUUCAAGGAGAUGUCUUACAUGAGACGAUUCCGUAAGCUGCGUUCCGUGAGCUUUAAGGGCAAUCCCUGUUGUGACGACCCAAUGACUUACCAGUUUCUAAAAAGCGCGCUAACCAGAGUUACAUACUUGGACUACAAGCUUGUUACCGAAGAUGAAAGGGAAGUUGGAAGAGCCGUCUUUCGAGGUUUACUCCGUAAAUUAGAUGAAGCAGACGAGAAGUCUGAAAAAGAACGAGUGGCACGAGAAGAAUAUGAGGCCAGAGUAAAGUUCUACGCUCUUUCAUUCGUCGAAUAUCUAAGUGGACCGGAAUUGAUAGAAUCAAUGUUCGAGAAAGAUCCAGAUGGUUCGCUCCUCCUUAAAGUCGGUGGCGAGCUGAUUGGAUUCUAUGAACAAUACAAGGAACAAUAUGUUGAAACAAUGGCUGGAUUAGUGGAAUUCGCGCAAAAUGCUUACAACGUGAGGCAAAACGAAAUAAAAUUAUUCAAAGACCUCGUUGACAAUGCAUUAGACGAGAGCGUAGAAAGAAGCAAAGAAGUCGUUGCAGAAUUUGAGGAGAAAAAGAAACCACUGGUCGGUCAAAUGAAUGAAAUAAUAUCUAAAUUUACGAAAAAACAAGCAACUAUUGAACAGUUAGAACCAAAUAUAAUAGACACGGGGGAAUCGUUCAACGAUAUUAUUUAUGACUUAUGGAAAAAUCUCAUGACUAUAGAGAUGAGGUUGUACGAGCGAUGCGAGGAAUCAAGAGUUCAAUUCGCAGUGAACAUGACAGAGAUGAUAACAAAGCUGUUGGAAGUGUCUCGUAAUGCAUUCGGUGCGUGGCGCGAACACGAGGGUAUGUGGUCCAUGCGGCAGUUCGAGGCGCUGUCCAAGUUACUCGGCAAUAAGGUUAUGCUGGGAGAUGCACCGCCCGAGUUGUUUGAAGUGAUGAUGGAUAGAGAUCUGAUGAUGAAUCUAGUGGCACAGUCCUUGGACAACCACAUGAGGUUUAUAGACGCACGGGAAGAUCUACUGAUGACGCGUGCUAACGCAUGGCGGGACGAUCUAGUUCAAGGCACCAAUGACAAUGAAAUAAAGCGGAACCGCGACAGGGUUCUAGAGAUUUACUACUUUAUUGACAAUCAGAGAGAGGAGUGGGCGGAUAUGCAGAUGAGUAUGACGGAAACUGUGGACCCCGAGACAGCAGCACUUUUGGGCGACGAUUUCUAAUGGACAAUAUAGUUGGUGUAAUCAUUCACGCUUAUUAUUUCAUUGAUCAAAUAAAAACAUAUA